GUCGUCAUACCGUUUGUGUUCCAUGGAACUCCACCAUGAACCCACCCCCACUUAAACUCUGCAUAAAGAAAUCGACUAACACAACUCCUGACGUAUCUGAUGAGAGGAAAGGAGAGGAGAAAAGAGAAGAGGGACUUUUUAUGAAGACAUAGUUUAUAUUAUUGGGGGUGUCUUGACUGGACAUUCUCAGAAGACUCCAGAUGUGUGUAGUUAGAGUCUUCAAACAAUAAUCUACCAGUACUGUAGUAUCUGAUAACAACACAGAAAAGGUCGACGGGCAGACACUAUUUGUACCACGAACGAUGUUCAACAGAAUGCAGGAGCAUGCUCUGACAGAAUGACAACUCCGUGGCUUGAAACGUCCCACUCGCUCGACUACACCCUUCCACCAGUGAUCAUUCACCUUGGUAACCACACGACGACAGCAUUGAAUAGCAACCAGUCCUGUAGUGGUGAUGACGAGAUCUUUAAGUACCGAGCCUACACUGUCACCUACCUACUGGUGUUCCCUAUGGCGUUUCUUAGCAACAUUGGAGCGCUGUUUGUGUUCCUGCGACUGAUGCCCAAACGGUCUGCGUCCUCUGUCCUCAUGACCAAUCUCGCCCUAUCAGAUGCAUGCUUCUCCCUCACCCUGCCGCUGCGAUUGGCCUACUACUUCAGAGGCGCUCACUGGGACCUCCCUGAUUGGCUGUGCCGACUGUGUGUGUUUUGCUUCUAUCUCAACCUCUACACCAGCGUUCUCUUCCUUACUGGACUGAGCGUGCUCCGUUGGCUGGCCGUGCUGAAGCCUCUCCGUCAUCGAGCUUUGGCCACGCCCCUUCGUGCCUUAUUGGCUUGCUUGGGCAUUUGGCUGUUUGUGGGCGGCGCUUCAGUCCCAUUCCUGUUUUCGGGGACCAGGGUGAGGGCGGGACUAACACGCUGCUUCGAGCCACGUAACCCUGCCUCCUGGAAGAUGAUCUUCAUUCUCAACUACGUGGGCAUGACAUUCGGCUUCCUGAUCCCGUUCCUCACCAUCCUCGGUUGCUACGGCUGCAUCAUCCACCGACUGACAGCUACAAUCUCGUCAGCAUUAGGGUUGACUGGUAGCCUGAACAGGAACAAGAUACGUAACCAGGGGAGACGUCGGCGCCGGCGCCGGUCUCUGCGUCUGGUCGCCAUGGUGAUCUGCACAUUCCUACUGUGCUUUCUGCCCUAUCACGUGGCUCGCUCACUGCACCUGCACGCGGUGGUGGGCAGGUGGGGCUGUGUUGCUACGGCGACACUGCAGCGGGUGUUGGUGGUGACGCUGUGUCUAGCGGCGGCCAACAGUGCGGUUAACCCUCUGUUGUACUACUACUCCGGGGAGUCCUUUAGAGCGGUCAUACGCAGCGCCUCGUCACGACGACGGUCCUUCUCCUCCUCCUUCACUCAGGGCAGCCUGCUGCUCUCUCGCAGAAAGAAGACCACAAUGCAUACAACAGCAACAAUGCGAGACUCACCCUUCGCUCCACCCCUAACCCUUCCUGGGUCCCUACCAGACACACCCCUCGCUCCACCCCUAACCCUUCCUGGGUCGCUACCAGACACAAACCUCGCUCCACCCCUAACCCUUCCUGGGUCACUACCAGACAGAACCCUCGCUCCACCCCUAACCCUUCCUGGGUCCCUACCAGACACACCCCUCGCUCCACCCCUAACCCUUCCUGGGUCCCUACCAGACACACAAAGCCGUGUGGAAGACAGUCUAUAAAGGGUUCAAAACCUAUUUGCCCUAUACCCCACCUCUACUUACAGACACUGAGACCUGAACACCUAGCUACAUUCUCCAGAAUCAGAGACACUUUGCUGCACAUGUAAAAUGGAGCCCUGAGGCCUGAACCAGAACCACACACACACACACACCCACACGGAGACACUAACCUUUAGGUUUCCGAGGCACUUUGUGGGUGUGCUCUCUGUUAUUUCCAUUCACGCUGCCCGGCCGGCAGCCACAGGUGCCAGGCCUAGUUUUGUUUGAUUGUUUAUUAUCCCAGUGUUAAUCAUUACACUCUUCAUAGAUGUAUCAUAUAGGUCGAAAACAGUUUGCACAAGUCCCACAGGCUCACAUUUGUAGGUUAAAUUUAAUAAUAUCUUCAGUUGAUCAUAGUGACUGACAAUUAUUGCCUACGUAAUACAUAUUUCGUUUUUUCCUUGACAUUGAAGUAACGGAUAUAUUUGAUGCAAGAGCUUAGAAUACCAUAUGCGUCUCACAAAAGACCUCAUCCAACAUCAAGAGGCUCUUGUCCAGUUUGACAUUGCAUAUAAAGUUAGCAGGACCAUUGGAGACCAGCCAGACCUCAUGCAGAGAUUUGAUGAAGGCUGUUGGCUGAAGCCAGAGUCUGGAAAGCACUCAAUCUCAAGGACAUCUGAGGAUAUCAACCAUAUAGUAAGUGUGCUUCUUGAUCAGGUGUGUACCUGAUCAAGAUUACUUUGACACCUGUCAGGUUUUACCAAAGCUUCCAGAACAUCCAAAUAAACCUGUUGCGCAAAUUGGACUAUGAGAAACUAGUGUUGUGGAUCAGCAACCCCAAACUGAAAUCACACUGUGAGAAGAACAAACUGUCUGCUCAUUUGGCACGCAGACAGAGGCCCAAAGUUGACAGUUGAUUUCAGCUGUAGUGCUGAGACCCUAGAAUAUAAAUUGUUAUCUUAAAUGCCACAGUUAGAGAAGUGAUGUAAGAAAUGAGAAAGAAUAAGUAGUACUGAAACCAAUGACAAUGUAGACUCACAAAAUUUAUAUUUAUUUUUAUAAUGUUCAGUUGCGUGUAUUCAUGGUUGCCAAGGGAAGCCAGGCUGCCCACAAAAAAAUUACCAAAAAAUAAAUUAUUAAUUUAUC